CUAUCAAGCAUUUGGAAAAGGGUUCUGACAGACCAUUAUAGAGUCAAUCGUACGCAACGCUACUUUUCUUGCUUACCAACACGGGCUCUGGUAGUCCCAUUGCUCCUGGCUAGAUCAGGCUGUAUAUUAUCCAUCAAGGACCCUCUAUAUUUCUUUCUUCCAUACACCGACAUACAUCUCCUCAUAUACUCGGGUCCUCUCUGGCUACCGUUUCGAAUCUUGAUCGACCUCACUAUCUCUCACAUAUUUUCUGCCUGUUUGACUUCAUCUCGUCUCUUCUACCAUCCUCAUAUCGAAUACUCGGUACACAACACCAUGGCCCCAGAAAAACCAGCUCUUCAUCCACUAAAGACUCCCAAGAAUAUGACAUUUCCGUCAGAACUCCGUGAGCGCACCUACACAUGCCUCGACGCAGAUAGACCAGACAAAGAAGUGAAGAAAGAGGGUGAAGACACCGAGAUCACCAUAACCCCUCCGCCGGCAUAUACAGAAUUCCUCAACACCUUCAGUCCUAUCUUCUCAAGUCCUACACAUUCCCGUGCAAACUUUGCCAAGUACAUGCACGAUAAACCUCGUCCCUCUCCAACGUCAACUCCUUCAAGCACUACCAGUACUUCCUUUGCCAAUAGCUAUCCACAGAAGGAUACUUCGGGGUCUAGUGUUCCACCUUACAUGGCAUCACUCUCUUCUAAGAGCCCGGAUCACCUUCGUCGCUUGCGUCUACCUCCUCCAUACGCCCACUCUCCCAUGACCGACUCUCCAAGAAGUGCACAUACCCUUCGAUCGCCCUUCACACCGUCAGAUCACAGGAUGCGUCCAUUCGAUUCCCCCAUCAGUGAACAUGGACCCACGAUUAGCAUCCGUCAUGUGGUUACAACCACCAUUACCCUCAAGCGGGCGCCCCAGCUUGAACCUCCUCCUCGGGGGAAGAGAAGGAACAUUGCUCGUCGCAACACCUGAUCUAUUUUUCUCGGAUGGACUCUGGGCUUUAUACUAUGACUUGGUUACGGUAAACGUUUCUUAUGGCUAUGGCUGUUCUUAGCAUCUCAGUUGGUUCACAUCGCAUAUCUGCUAUUGUCUUUACCUACAUGUAUCGCUUAUACUUUCCUUUGUUACGUGGGUCAAAUUGCUUUAGAGUAUUGCAUUGCUCCUCGUCUAGGCUUGAGCCUCUGGAUUGACCAAACGGAGUUGGCGCGCAUGUACGGUACGGUGGGAUCUAAACAUAGUUUCGUGGAUUAAUU